CAGACCCUUACCCGUCUACCCAAAGGUCAAGAGGAAACUGGAAAGCUGCAAAUUUUGUGUCUACCCUUCAAACCCCAAACAAAUCUCAAGGACCCAUCAAUCGAAACGCCAUCAAGAAUCAAAAUUGAUCCUAAAAUUGGAACCCCAAUGGCCCAAAACCGAAGACCCAGAAGCAUUAUUGAAUCUCUUGGCGAAGAAAUCAUCAGAAUCAUAUCUCCAGUCUCAAUCUGCAUGUUCCUGGUGGUCCUUCUUGUAACCAUCCUCAACUCCGACACCUCUUCAUCGUCUUCUUCAGUUUCUACCAUAGCAACCAUAGCAUACAGCGAGGACAGCUCAGACUCGACAUGGGACAAAUUCAAAGGUGCCCUUUUGAAUUCACUUGUUUUUGUGGGUGUUGUCACUGUGGUGACCUUCCUUUUGGUCCUUCUUUUCUAUUUGAGAUGCACUAAGUUCCUCAAGUACUAUAUGGGUUUCUCUUCUUUCAUUGUUUUGGGCUUCAUGGGUGGUGAAAUUGCUCUGUUCUUGAUCCAGGAUUUCAGCUUUCCCAUUGACUGUAUUACAUUUCUUGUUGUUUUGUUCAAUUUCACUGUUGUGGGUGUUUUGGCCGUGUUCAUGUCAAAGAUGGCGAUCUUGGUAACUCAAGGGUAUUUGGUGGCGAUUGGGAUGUUGGUUGCAUAUUGGUUUACUCUUCUACCUGAAUGGACUACAUGGGUGCUAUUGGUGGCCAUGGCAUUGUAUGAUUUGGCUGCAGUUUUGUUGCCUGGUGGCCCUUUAAGGCUCUUAGUUGAGCUUGCAAUAUCCAGGGAUGAAGACAUUCCGGCUUUGGUUUAUGAGGCCAGACCAGUGACUUAUCAAGAUUCAUGUCCAGGAGGUGGUGUAGCUCAAAGGAGGGCAUGGAGAGAAAGGAGGGGUGUUGAAUCAAAUUUGAGCGAAAAUUCAAAUAAUUUGGCUACUUCUGAUGUAAAUGUUAAUCCUGAUGUGGCUUCAAAUUCGACUCUUGGGACAUGUUUAUCUGUUGGAAGUGGCCAGCAAGAGACUAGUUUGGUCAAUGCUGAGGAGGGUUGGGUUUCAGAAGGGAACUCAGAGCUUGUUGUGCCAUUAAUUGAUCAUCGAAUUAAUGUUGGGGAGGAUGGACAGGAAGAUUCUGUGUCUACUGAAAAUUUGCCAUUUGAGGGAAUUGGGCUGGGAUCUUCUGGUGCAAUCAAGUUGGGCUUAGGGGAUUUUAUCUUCUACAGUGUGUUAGUUGGCAGGGCAGCAAUGUAUGAUUUUAUGACGGUUUAUGCAUGUUAUCUUGCUAUCAUAGCUGGUCUUGGUGUUACGUUAAUGCUAUUGGCAAUUUAUCAGAAAGCAUUGCCAGCUCUUCCAGUGUCAAUUUUGCUAGGUGUGUUGUUUUAUUUCUUCACUCGAUUCUUGCUUGAAGCUUUUAUUGUACAAUGUUCUUUGAACCUCUUGAUGUUCUAGAAUUAUAACUUAUUUUUAUUGGAAUUACCUAUUGAUGGAAUCCAUGUCUUGUCUUUGUGAUUG